GAGAACAGUCUCUCUCUCUCUCUCUCUCUCAUCUUUCUCUCUCCUCUCCUGUUUGACCUCUUACAAUUCUCUCUCAAAGCACAGUUUCCUCUUUCAUGGCGACCCCACUCUGAUCCUUUUUAUUGCAAAAACAUUAGCUAACCCGCUCCCCUUUCCCCCUCUUUCUCUCUCCCUUUCUCCCCCUCUCCAUUUUAGGGAUGAAUGAAAUGGCAAAAAAUAGAACCCUCUUUUGUUAACUUGUUUCUUGAUGAAACCCUAAUUCUUGCAGCAAGAAAGAAGAAGCUUUUCUGUGACGAUCAAUUCCUUUGGUCUCUGAGUUUUUUAACGACGUGGGCUGGAAGAAAUUACUUUCUUUGCAGAUCAGAGCUUUUAAGCAGUCAUGGAAUUUACUUUCUUGGUGUAGAGAGAGAAGAAUAUGGAUUCUGGCAACAGUGGCAGCCUCCAGUCAUCCAGCGGUGGUGAUGAGGAGUACGAUUCACGCGCCACCGACUCUCUUUUCAUGAGUAGUACUCGUCCACAGCCCCAUGUCGUCGGCUCCAUUUCCAACCAACCACCACCACCACCCUUGUUCGACCCACUUUCCAACUAUAUGCAACUCCACCAAAACCUCAACAACUCAUCACUCCUGAUCAAUCCCAACAUCUCCUGGCCCAGACCCACAUCUCUAAGAUCCGACCCGAAUUCCCACGACAUCAUCCACCCCAUGCUCUCCACCUCUCCCCCGCCCUUCAUGUCCACUUUUCAACCCCCGGCAGCGGUUGGAUCGGCGGACAACAACAGUACUGGCACGGCGCAGAACCCGAAUCAGACGGCGGCGCGUAACCCGAAGAAAAGAUCAAGAGCCUCCAGGCGCGCGCCAACCACUGUUCUGACCACGGACACCACCAAUUUCAGAGCCAUGGUUCAGGAAUUCACUGGUAUUCCCGCCCCGCCUUUCAACAGUUCAUCUUUCCCGAGAACCAGGCUGGAUCUCUUCGGGACGAGAUCCUCCGCCUUGGACGCGGCGCAGCCGCCCCCGCCGCCAUAUCUACGCCGUCCCUUUCCCCAGAAAGUCCAGUCGCCGCCGCCGUCAUUUCUUGCUUCCUCCUCUUCUUCCCUCUUAAGUUCUACUACUAACAACAUUAAUAUUUUCUCUUCAGUUCCUUCAACCAGCAGCUCAUCAGCCUCUAGUUCAACUACUCCAGUUAACUACCAACUGCCAAUUACUCAAAGUCCGAAUCUUUUCAACAUUCCAAACCCACUCCUCACUUCUCUCCUCCAAACAAACCCGAAAUUUCUCUUCUCAAGUUCUUCCGCCAUGGCUGCAAAACCUCUCCAGGGCUCAUUCGAUCUGCAGAUCCCGUCAAACAAUAUCAAAAUCGGGGGCCUGGAGGAAUUCAGUUUAGGCCCUGGAAACCAUGUUUCUGCAAACCUGAGCGACCUCCCGAACCUGAUUUCCACCGAUCAAAUCGGGGCCCGGAACAACGAUCAUGAUGAUCAUCAUAAUACAGACAACAAUAAUGCAGGAACCUGGAGGAAUAACGGGGUGAACAGGCACGACGAAGGAGACGACUAUCAAGCUCAAAUCAGGCCUGUCAAUGGCGGUAAUUACAACGGGAAGAUAAACUACUCGGCUUCUUCGUCUGAUUUCCACGGCGAUAAGGGCCCGGAAAACGUAGCCACGAGAGGAGAAGGUAUGGUGGAGUCCUGGAUUUGUUCUUCAGAGUAGAAAUUAUUACAGUAGAGAAAGUAAGAUGGAGUAAUGAUGAGAGUGAUGAUUAAUCAAUGGAGCUGAGGUUAAUUUUAGUUGUGAAAUUCUUGAUCUUUAACCAUGAUUUUCACAAAGUUAAAUUAAACCGUACUACUAGUGCUUAAAUUAUGUGUAAAUAAUUAUAGCCUUCUUUUUGUACCCUUUUCAGUUCAUCUCUAUACAUAUAUUUACAUAUACACACACUGAUAUAUACAAAUCAAGAAUCAUAAUCAUGCAGAAAAAUUUCACAUACACACAUUUAUUAUAUAUAUAUAUACAUGCGUUUAUUUUCUUUUGAAAGUUGGCUUUCUUUCAACCGGAAAAAUUUCUAUUUCUGGGCUUCUGCUUUCACAUUGAGAUUUUGACUACAUGCGAUGAUAAUGUGAAUCAGCAGAAGAUCAAACAGCGACAGAAAACAUCGAACUCUGUGAAUCUAUUUUGCCUUUCCUCGUACUUUUCUGGGAUUUAUUCUCAUGUUUUUAUUCAGCCCCAUAUUGAGAGAACAUGCAUUCACAAGAACUCUGGAUGCAUGUCGAAAUAUGAACAGGGUUUUUGAUUGAUGGUGGGUUUGGUCUGGUUUUCUUGCAUUCUAAUUUUCUCCGUUUGUUGGUAAGUUUGAAUUACUGUAUUUUUUAUUGGUUUGAACGAGAAAGGGAGCAAUCGGUGGCGAGAUUUGGGGAGCUGUUGGGCUCCGCCGCAA